GUACAAAUUCAUCAAACAUCUAAGGAAAACGGGGAUAAAAUGUGUACAAUUGAACCGGAAUCCAUUUCUGAUUCCAACUCCAGAGGACAUGUUAGAUAAGUUGUAGGGAGCUUGAUUUUUCACUAAGCUAGAUCUAAGAGCCGGAUGUCAUAAGAUCCAAACAGACACUAUGAGUACUUUGUGAUGCCAUUUGGGUUGUGCAAUGUGUCGUCAACAUUCCAGGUUGCCAUGAAUGACAUCUUCAGAACGCUGUGGUGCAGGUUUGUGCUGGUUUUCUGGGAUGAUAUAUUUAUUUAAAGCUCGACAUCGGAAGAGUACUUGUAGUAGUUACAACAGGUGUUCGGGACUCUAAGAGAAAACUAGUUCUUCGUGAAGGCGUCGAAGUGUGCUUUCAGGGUGAGUUAGGUCGACUACAUUGGGCAUAUAAGUAUCCUUCCAGGGGGUGAGGGUCGAUCCCUCCAAGAUACAGGCUAUAAUGGACCACCCCACUCCGAAGACGAUGCCUGAGCUAGCCUGAGAGGAUUCUUGGGGUUGAACAGGUACUACCGGAAGUUCAUGUAUAAUUAUAACUCGAUAGCCUGACCAUUGAUCGAGCUACUAAAGAAGGGAGAAUUAGGCUGGAAAUCAAGGGCAAAUGAGGCAUUUCAGGCCUUGAAGGCCGCCAUGCCCACUAAUCCCACUUUAGUGCUACCAGACUUUUCCCACCCAUUUGAUAUUGAGAUCGUCAAGGAGAGGAAUCGGGGUCGUGUUGUCAGAGAGAGUCAUCUGAUAGCUUUCAUGAGUCAGACUUUGUCUUCUUCCAAGGAGGCGUAGUCCAGUUACCACAAGGAGAUGUUGGCCAUCACCACAACAGUAUAUACAUGGAGGCCAUACCCUUUAGAUUAGAAGUUUCGGGUGUACACUAAUCAUCAGAAUCUCAGGCACCUCUGAGCACCAUAAAUGGUUGGUGAAGUUGCUUGGGUACGACUACAAGAUGCACUACAAGCCUGGGCCGACGAACAAGGCCACAAAUGCCUUGUCGAGAGUGUAGGUAGGGGCGAUGGUAGCGGCGGUGACCGGACCGGUGGUGCAGUUCUGGGAUGAGGUGCAGAGAUCCGCGGAGACUAGUCUGUAUCUGCAGGAGUGUAGGGAGACUUCCAUCAGUGAGAACCCAGGGAACUUCACCUUCAGACACGGGUUGGUUUUCUACCGGGGAUGGAUUGUAUUACCUGUAGGGUCAUCGUUAGCCACUACGGUAAUGAAGGAGUAUCAUGAUUCGUCGGUCGGAGGUCAUUCGAGGAAUGAGAUGACCUUGAUGAAGAUCAGAGGGCAGUUCUAUUGGUCGGGGAUGAAGCAGGAGGUGAAGUCCUACGUGGCUUCAUUCGAGACAUGCCAUCGGGUCAAGGCAUCUCUACUGUGACCUUGUGGGUUGCUACAACCGCUUCCAAUACCUCAGCGAGUAUGGGAGGACAUCGGUAUGGAUUUUGUGGUUGGUUUGCUAACAUCUGGGGGCAAGAUGGUGUUUUUAGUGUUGGUGGAUCAAGUCACCAAGUAUGCACACUUCUUGGCAUUAGCCCAUCCAUAGACUACUAAGAUAGUUAUAGAGCAGUUUGUGUGGUCAUUAGGCACCAUGGGUUUCCGAGGACCAUAGUAAGUGACCGAGAUGCAUUAUUUUUGGGUCGGUUUUGGCAGGAGGUAUUGGCGUUGGUUAACGAUGUUGCCAUGGGUGGAGUUAGUACAACACCAAGUACCACAUAGUGAUCCGGACUACCCCGUUCGAGGAAUUGUACAGGCGCCUACCUCCGACACUUAUUCGAUACCAUGCGGGAUAUAGUGUUGUGGAUACUGUAGGCCGUUGGUUGGGGUGACCGAGAUCGAGCACUGCAGCGAUGAGAGAGAAUUUGGCGGCCUCGAAUAAUCAGAUGAAGCAGUUAGCUGACUCAGGAUGCAGGGAGGAGGAGUUUGCAGUCAAGGACUGGGUUUUGCUUCGGCUACAUCCUUACAGGCAGGUCUCAGUCUUCAGGAGAGCAUACUAUAAGCUGACGACCCGUUAUUUUGAACCCUAUUAGGUGAUUGAGCGGGUGGGCCAGGUGCAUACCGACUGUAGUUACCAGAAGUGUCCCGCAUCCACACGAUGUUUGAGUGUCGUUGUUGCGUAGGUACAAGGGUGCAGCGACUUCACGAAAUCCGCCAUGCUCGCUUGUUCCGAUCGAGGUGCUUGAAACUCGAUGGGUGCAGAAAGGUGGAAGAUUGCUAGAGCAGAGUUUCAUUUUUUGGUAGCACAUGGAGGCAGAGGACGACACGUGGGAGGAUACAAAGACCAUUCGACAGAACUAUUCGACAUUCGACCUUGAGGGCAAGGUCGGUCUGGCAGAGGAGUGGAAUGUUAGAAACUCACAUUUGGACCGGAUUAAGGGGGCGCAGGUCGGGCUACAGCUUAUAGGUACCGAACCCGAAUAGUGGUAAGAGAGGGGAAUUAUUUUGCAGAACUAUUUAACCUUCGGAUUGUCUAUUUUUCGAGGUUUCUUACAGUAGAUUGUUGUGAGUGUUGGUUUUAAAUAUGUAUAUGGAUGGUUCUUUCGUACACCAGGCAAAACCUGGUGUAUGUCGUACACCAGGCAAUCUCCACCAUCUGUGUCCAUCUCAACGGCCAACAUAAAUGAGGUAAUUUAUUUUUUAAUCCCAGAAAAAAGAACCCGCAUUUAUGUUGGCCGUUGAGAUGGACGUGGAUGGUAGAGAUUGCUGGUAUACUACAUACCCAAAUAUAUGUCUGGUGUUGAUAGAAGUCACCAUAUGUAUAUAUAUGGUGCCUUCUACGGUACCCCGGGUGAAAUCCGGGGGAGCGCAUACCUUGAGUAUGAAAACGAUAUCUAGACCUCAAAUUAGCAGGAUUUUUGGGCAUGAUACUAUAUCCUAACCCUUAAUGAGUGAACCCUAUGUCCUAAUUAUCUAAAUCAUAAACUAUAAACUCUAAGAUGGUGCAUUGAUUUUUUUGCCUAUAUUUGGACGAAUCAUAACCGUUGAUUAUUGUUUCUAAUUAAAUUGAUCUUGGGGUAUCAGAUUUAGAUAAUUAAGACCUAGAUUUUGA